AUGGGGAAAAGGGGUCCCAAGGGGCGCCUGUGGACCUUCCCCGGGGCGCCGCGACAGCUCUGUCUACGGCGGCAACAGCAGCAUCAAUGGCAGCAGCAUCAAUGGCAGCAGCAGCAACGGCAGCAGCAGCAACGGCAGCAGCAGCAACGGCAGCAGCAGCAUGGGCAGCGGCGGCGGUUUGGCCGGAGGGGCCGCCGCCCGGGCCAGGGCGCUGGCCGCACCGCUCUGGGCCUGGCCGGGCUGCCGGAGAAUGUAUUGGCCGGGAAAUCGAAGAUCUAUUCCCCCAGGAGCUCGAAAAGAUGCUCUGGAAUGCGCUCCCCCCUUCAGGGAGACGCCUCGGGGGUGUAUCCCGGUGUGGGAUGCCGGGGAAGGCCACGCAUGAGGAGCUACGGUAAACGAGGAGAGAAGAGAAUGCCAAGGAGAAAGCCAAGCACCUUGGAGUCAGAGACACCGAGGGGCAGAGAGAGAGGCCGCCCGCCCCGUCUUCCAAAGCCACAAUCUCAAGCGGUCGAGUCUCCCCAAACUCCGACCUCGUCUUGUCACUCCCGCGGAGCGGCUGUCACCAAGCAAGGCCCGAAAAAACCCAUGAAGCGCAAACGGGCCCCAAGGUGUGAAUCUCAAGGGAAACCGCAGCAGAACGGCAAGCUCCCCGACUCCUACCCUGUGCGGAGGAGCUCCCGGAAGAGCAAGGCCGCGCUCCAGUCUGAGCAACGAAGGAGAAUAGACGAGUUGAUUCAAAGCGGGAAGGAAGAAGGAAUGAAGAUUGGCCUCAUCGCCGGUAAGGGCAGGGGGGUGAUCUCCACCAAGCGGUUCUCCCGGGGCGAGUUCAUAGUAGAAUACCACGGGGACCUCAUCGAGAUCACAGACGCCAAGAAACGGGAGGCGCUGUACGCCCAAGACCCCUCCACCGGCUGCUACAUGUACUAUUUCCAGUAUCUGAGCAAGACCUACUGCAUCGACGCCACCCGGGAGACCGACCGUCUGGGGCGGCUCAUCAACCACAGCAAACGAGGGAACUGCCAGACAAAACUGCACGACAUUGCCGGCAUCCCGCACCUCAUCCUCAUCGCCUCCCGCGACAUCCAGGCCGGGGAGGAGCUGCUGUACGACUACGGGGACCGCAGCCGCGAGUCCCUGGAGGCACACCCCUGGCUGAAGCAUUAA